AUGCUCUCCUUCUUCAAGCUUUCCGUCGCCCUCCUGGCCGCCACCCAGCUCGCGGCCGCCCAAACCCCGGUGGCAAAGAUCCCCAUCGAGCUGGAGCGCCGCGACAACGGUUGCGCGGUCUCUGGCCUCAUCAACGGGCAGUGCGCCCGCUUCUUCCUCGGCACGGGCUGCAAAGACAUGGUUACACAGAUCAAGCCCGACUGCCAGGGCAAAUGUCACUCUUUCCCCAACGGAAUCCGCAGCGUCGAGGCCGCUGGUGAUGGAACCCGCGGAACGGACUGUGAGCUCUACUCGGACGACAACUGCCAGACCAGUAUGGCGAUGGGCAGGACUGGAAACACCAUCUUCAAGCGAAAGUGUCACACUGCAUCCAAAGAGAGGCUCGCCAAGAGCGUCAAGUGCUGGUUUGCGUGCAAGUGA